AAAAAAGAGAGAAAAUAUUUCUGAAAAUAUCAGCCAUGAAAUUUCGAUUCUGUCGCAGUCGGCAUCUUUCAGUUGUCUUGAAACUAACAAAAACAUGUUCAUUCUUGAAUACAUUAUUGUGCAUUUGUACAAAAAAAAUUCUCUUUCAAUAAUCUUGCUUGAAAUCGUAGGAAAUUGAUCCGCCGCAGCCACUGAUUGCAGCUGCUCUCCUCAAUUAGUCGAUCAAUCAUGGUGAAUUUGCGAUAAACCCGGCAUGAUAAGCAGGCGUUUCCGGUCACCAAUUCGGGAUUGUAUAAGCGAUUUCCGCCGGUUUGGAACCUCUUUCAUGGCGGCGGCCUCGAAUUUCAUGGUGGGCAAUAAGGAUUUCCAAAUGGCAUCUCUCAGAGCUCUUUCGUCGACCUCUGCUUCAUCCGCCAUUGAUACAAGCACCUCAAGUUUUUUAAAAAAUAGGUUCACGCUCAAGGCUUGCUCCUCCCAAAACUACGGCAGCGCUCUGCGAAAUAAUAAUGAUAAUAACAGUAAUGACAAUUUCAAGAGUUAUCGUGCUAUGGGAAAUGGAGUUCAGAAAGCGAGAGUUUAUUCUCCUUGCGUCCGGCAGUUGCUGGGUGUUUCGGAGGAAGCUGUUAAGGUCGAGGAUCAGCAGAAGAGUCUCAACUCAAGGGCUGUUAAUGGCAGCUCCGCCGCUAACAGAGGGAACUUUAAGGGAGCUUUGGGGCAGCCGUUUCAGGACAAAGUCAUGGUUGCUGUUGACGUUGAUGAGGUUCUUGGGAACUUCGUAUCAGCUCUUAAUCAGUUCAUUGCAGAUCGCUACUCCCUAAAUCAUUCAGUUUCUGAAUACCAUGUCUAUGAAUUUUUCAAGAUAUGGAACUGUUCACGUGAUGAAGGUAUUGACCAAUAUGCUCUAACUCCUGAGUCCUGACAGAUAUGUUCAUAAUAAAUCUUGUUUAUUUUGUCUAACGUACAAUUGAUACCUAAAUGGGAUUUGUGAUUUGGGCAAACAGACUACUUUUCUUAUCGAUUUGCAGCAUCCGCAGGCCAAAUUUGUUAUUUUCUUCGUUUUUCCAAGUAAUCAUUGUAAAAAUGUUUUGUUUUCUUCACACUUGGGAAUUCGUUGUCAGUUUCAUUAUACUUCUACAUUGAAAAAAAUCCAAAAUUCGUAUCACAAACAUUAAUCAUGCGCCCUCGUCAUAUUUUUUAUUUUUUGUUAAGAUUAGUAGUUUUAUCAGACAUUUUUUUUUCCUUCUCUAUCUUUGAAUAUAAGCAAAUACUAUAUCAAGUAUGAUCGUUUUAGGUGUGGGUCUGAUGCAUUUUGAUCCAAUAAAAACUGUAGGUUGACAUUUUCUCUUCCGUUUUCAGCUUUUGUUGCUAAAAUUUAACUGGCUAUCUUCUUUCAGCUGAUAUUCGUGUUCAUGAGUUCUUCAAGACUCAUUAUUUCAGAAAGGGAAUACGUCCAAUUCCAGGUGCUCGGGAGGCUCUUCAAAAGUUAUCCGAAAUUUACAAUUUGUCCAUCGUUACAUCUCGACAGAAUGCAAUAAAAGAGCACACAAUUGAGUGGAUUGACAAAUACUAUCCAGGCCUCUUUCAGGAGAUUCAUUUCGGCAAUCACUUUGCUUUGGAAGGGCAGUCUAAACCUAAAUCAGAAAUUUGCAAGUAC